AUGGCGGUGGAUCGAACGCUCGCUGUGAGAGCCGUCGCCGCGGUGUUUUUCUCUUUGGCUUCGGUGACGAUUAUUCUCAGAUGUUAUGUCAGAUUGGCCAUUGUGAAGGCAUUUGGUUGGGAUGAUGCCAUUAUGUUGUUGGCUAUGGUCUUUUACACCAUGUUAUCCGGGUGCAUGAUAGGAGGCAGUCUCUACGGCACAGGGAAACAUCUCACCGAUUUAUCCAAUGACCAGAGAACGACAGCCAUGCAUUACUGGUACUACUGCGACAUCGGCUACGCCCUCGGGUCCAUCCUCUGCAAAGUCUCCGUCAGCAUCUUCAUCCUCCGCAUCACCAUUGACAAAACCCACCGCUUCGUGAUCUGUCUCGUGGGCGGGAUAGUCGUCGCCGCGGGACUCAUCUUCUUCAUCAUGGUUCUGGUUCAAUGUCACCCGAUGUCGUAUUUCUGGAUGCAGCUGUCGACCGAAUACGCGGGGACGGGCCAUUGCAUGAACAUGAGUAUUAUCAUCGGGGGGUUGUAUGCGUUUAGUGCUUCUUCGGCGCUGUUUGAUCUCACCAUUGCGGUGUUGCCGAUUCUUUUGGUCAGGAAGUUGAAGAUGAGGAGGGAUGUGAAGAUUGCUGUGGCGGGGUUGUUGGGUAUGGCUUGUGUGGCUUCGAUUGCGGUGAUCAUUCGAAUUCCGUAUAUUAAUACUUUGUAUAGUAUGGAUUAUCUUUGGGCAACAACCCCCAUCGCAAUCUGGUCGAACAUCGAAACCGGCUUGGGAAUCUUCGCCGGCAGUCUGGCAACUCUCCGUCCUCUCCUUCGCACAUUCAACCCCUCCACGAACGAUUCGUCUGGGUGGCCGUCCUCCCGAAACAAUAAACGCAGUCGAUCGAUGCCGUUACAUUCGCUUGAAACGCCGCAUGGGGAUUCGGAUGCGAGACGAACGCCCGUGGAUCGGUUGUAUGGGACGACGAUGUAUAGUAUUGAGACGGGGGAGCAGAGGGAUAGUCAGAUGGUGUUGGAAGAUCAUAUGCCGAUUUUGGGGAAGGAUGGGGAUGGGGAUGGGAAAGGGGCGGGGAUAAGUGUUAGGAGGGAGGUUAGGGUUGUGAGUACUGUUUAG